GUGUGUGUGUAAUUAACAAGGAGGAAAUGGCGGAGGGUUAAGUGCUGAGCUGUCAGAAGACAAAAUUCUCUUUUCGCUCUCUCCUCGCACACACCACCACCCCCACGGCGUCGCUCCGCCACCUCCACCGCCGGAAGAUUCUCUGGUAGAAAAUUGAAACGCGAUACGUGUCAAUUGACGUGUGUAUAUGGGGGCAUCAUUGUCGAAUUUGACCGAGAACGGGUCGGGCAGCGGCGGACCGGGUCUGGGAGACAUACCGGAGAGCUGCGUGGCGUGCGUGUUUCUGUAUCUAUCUCCGCCGGAGAUUUGUAACUUGGCUCGACUCAACCGCGCCUUCCGCGGCGCCGCCUCAUCCGACGCCGUUUGGGAGACGAAGCUUCCGUCGAAUUACCAGCUCCUCCUCCACCUCCUCUCGCAUCCCGAUGUAUAUCAAAACCUCCGUAAGAAAGACAUCUUCUCUCUCCUCGCUCGCCCUCUCCCCUUUGACGACGGCAACAAGGUGGUGUGGGUAGACAGAUUUACGGGGAGAGUUUGCAUGUCGAUAUCGGCCAAGGCGAUGGCAAUAACAGGCAUCGAGGACCGAAGAUACUGGAAUUUUCUUCCCACCGAUGAAUCGAGAUUUGAUGUUGUAGCCUAUCUGCAGCAAAUAUGGUGGUUCGAAGUGGACGGAACAGUAAAAUUCCCUUUCCCGCCAGAUAUAUACACACUCUCAUUUAGGAUUCACAUCGGGAAAUUUUCUAGAAGAUUGGGUCGCCGUAUUUCGAAUUUCGAACAUACUCAUGGAUGGGAUAUCAAGCCUGUAAGAUUUGAACUGUCCACGUCAGACGGGCAGCAAGCAUCGAGCGAGUGCUUCUUAGAUGAAACACACCAAGAUGAAGGUAACGGAAGCUGCAAACGAGGUUGUUGGAUAGAGUACAAGGUAGGUGAAUUCAUUGUCGGUGAAUCUGAUUCCGAGACUGAAGUGAGAUUCUCGAUGAAACAAAUCGACUGCACACAUUCGAAAGGUGGGCUUUGUGUUGAUUCUGUGUCUAUUAUUCCCAUUGAGUUGAAAGAACGUCGGAGAAGAGGGGCUUUGAAGUAACAGUGGCGUCUGUGUGUGUGUGUGUUUGUUUCUUGGUUUUAGUACGGGGUUUUUGUGGUAAUAACUCUUUUAACUUCCGAAAAUGCGUGUUCGUCUCGAAUUGUUUUUGCUGUAGAUAUGUGUCCCCUGUUAAUGUAAUUCAUUUUUUUUUUUGUUGUGGUUUUGUAAUUGUUGCAGUUUUGUUUCAUAUUUGUUCUUUCUGCAGAAGGUUAAUAAAAUGUAUUCUGUUCUAAGCAACUAACUUCAUAUUAAGUGAUUUUUGGUAGAAAUAAGAGAUUGCAGAAUGUUCUCGAACUG